AACAGCAGUGCCUCUCCUUGAGUAGCAGAGCGGAGACCCGAAGUCCAGAUGCCUGUCACCAGCCCCUGCAUCACCCCCUGAUUCCCACCCGUGCCCUGUGAGGCUGGCAUGCAGGAUGGCAGGACAGCCCGGCCACAUGCCGCACGGAGGGAGCCCGAACAACCUCUGCCAUGCCCCAGGGCCUGCGCUCCCUCCUGACCCACAGAGGCACCCAAAUGUCCUGUCUUUCCGCUGCUCGCUGGCAGACUUCCAGAUCGAGAAGAAGAUAGGCCGAGGGCAGUUCAGCGAGGUGUACAAGGCGACCUGCCUGCUGGACAGGAAGACGGUGGCUCUGAAGAAGGUGCAGAUAUUCGAGAUGAUGGACGCCAAGGCCAGGCAAGACUGUGUCAAGGAGAUCGGCCUCCUGAAGCAACUGAACCAUCCAAACAUCAUCAAGUACCUGGACUCGUUUAUCGAGGACAACGAGCUGAACAUUGUGCUGGAGCUGGCCGACGCGGGCGACCUCUCCCAGAUGAUCAAGUACUUCAAGAAACAGAAGCGGCUCAUUCCCGAGAGGACGGUGUGGAAGUACUUCGUGCAGCUGUGCAGCGCCGUGGAGCACAUGCAUUCCCGAAGGGUGAUGCACCGAGAUAUCAAGCCUGCCAACGUGUUCAUCACGGCCACAGGCGUCGUGAAGCUCGGUGACCUCGGCCUGGGCCGCUUCUUCAGCUCCGAGACCACAGCGGCCCACUCCCUAGUGGGGACGCCGUACUACAUGUCACCGGAGAGGAUCCACGAGAACGGCUACAACUUCAAGUCCGACAUCUGGUCUCUGGGCUGUUUGCUGUAUGAGAUGGCCGCUCUCCAGAGCCCCUUCUAUGGAGAUAAAAUGAACCUCUUCUCCCUCUGCCAGAAGAUCGAGCAGUGUGAUUACCCGCCUCUCCCUGGAGAACAUUACUCUGAGAAGCUGCGAGAACUGGUCAGUAUGUGCAUCUACCCCGACCCCAACCAGAGACCCGACAUCAGCUACGUGCACCAGGUGGCCAAACAGAUGCAUGUGUGGACUUCGAGCACCUGAAGGCAGACGCAGCUGCCUCACCAGAGCCAGCACCACUUUGCCUUACCUGAGUCUUCUCUCCAAAGUGGCCACCUGGUAGCCUAGAUCAACUAAGACAAGAGGGGUCAGCACGCUCCCCGAAGGGGGCUGGGCUUUGCAGCAGAUGCUGAAUGCAGAGCAGCUGGGGGGAGGGGCACUGGUCACAUGUGACUGGUGGUCAAAUUGGAAAGUCCUUUCUUUAACGGUUGUGGACAAUCUCAGCUGGGUUGUUAACAAGGUGGGUGGCUCCGCGAGCCCCAGUGCACCCCUUGUAUCUGGACUGUAAUGUGAAUCUUUAGGAUAAUUCCUUCAGUGACCUGUCAGGGUUUAUACCAACAGGAGAAUUGCAGGAGGCUGUGUGAUUGGUAGCGAGCCGUUGAAAAUGGUUAGUAACAAGUUCAGGUUAGCUCUUAGACUCUUUUCAAUCAAGCUGUGUGCUUAAUUUACUCUGUUGUAAAGGGAAAAAGUGGAAAUAAUUUUUUAAGUAGAGUGGAGAUUUUCCUAAUAUUUUUAUCUAUGUUUAUAACUUGAUGAAUGACGAUGGAGAACCCAGCAUCUGGCACGGAGCUUCAGCAGGCAACUAGUAUUUGAAAGCCAUGAGUGUCUUCCAUGCCAUCCGGCUCAGCCGUCUUCUCUGAACACCUGCCAUGUACCUGGCAUUCCAUCACCUGCCUGAAUGCUGGCAGUUCACUUAACAACCAGUGUUAAGCGUUUUCCUCUGUGGGAAGGAAGCAUGGGAUAUGGAAAAUAUAAAUGUACAAUAUGCCCUCAGGCUGUUCUCUGUACAAGUUCUGGUUCUGCAACUUCCUAGCAUGACCUUGGGCAAGUUUCUUAGCCUUUCUGAGCCUUAGUUUCCUCAUCUGUAAAAUGGGACUAAUAAUAUCUACCUUCGGGGUUGCUGUCAGAUUGUGAAAUAAAAUAUGCAAGUUAUCCAGCACAUUGUAGAUGAUCCAAAAAUGGUAGCCACUCACCCCUUCACAAAACUGAAGUCCAUGGACCAUGUAAGUCAAGAAUUAAUGUACAACUGUAUUACGUGUAGGAAACCAGAAUUGUGUUCCUUGAUUUCUUGUUCCCAAAUAGGAUUAACUGUGAAGACUAAUUUAUAAAUGUGAACUUAAGGAAAACUCAAGCUCUGAAGGAAAUAGUUUGAAUUCUGUUUUUAUACGCAAGUUAAUCCUCAAAAGGUCUAAGUUGUCAUCCACUGACUUGGUGACAGUUCAGCCCUCCAGACAGAGCCCAUGCCCGCCCAUUCUGCUGGUGUCCUGGUCAGGUGCUCUGGCUGUGGCCAGCUCGCUGACCGGGCCUCCCUGGGGAUAAGGGACUGGAGCUGGGCCGCUGCUCGGUUUCCAUGUGUGAACUCUGUUCUACUGUAACACUGUCGGGUUUGAGAGAUUUUCUUCAGAUGCAACCUUUGCUUUGUACUUGUUCUCCGUGUUUGAAAUAAAAUGGGGUAAGAGGGGGUUACUUC